CCUCCAGAAUUCAGCCUUUUCUGACUUGGGGAAGAUUCACCAGCAAUCAUGUCACCUGAAGAAAUGACCUACUUGAUGGUGCUUCUCGUCUCCAUCCCCAUUGGUUUUCUCUUCAAGAAAGGGGGGCUGAGGACCAAGAAGUUUGGAGGGGCAGCUGCAGGGCUUUUGCUUGUGCUGACUACCUGCCACAUCCACGCCCUCCACUCACUGGUCACCAUCCUCGGGACAUGGCUUAUCAUCAGUCUCUCUCCCAGGUCUUGCCACUACCUGACGCUCGGUUGGACAUUUUCUUACCUGCUCUUUUUCCGCACUGUUGCAUACUUCGGUUUCCCAGACCCAACACCAUACACCAAUGCCAUACAACUCUUGCUCACUCUCAAGAUGGUGAGCUUGGCCAACGAAGUGCAAGAAUUCACCCAAGCAAAGAAGCAGGAAGUGGCAUCAUUUAGCAAGUCUCCUGUGAUUGGCGUGAUCCCCAAAAUGCCAGGACUGGUGGAGAUCCUAUGCUACAGUUAUUGCUAUGUGGGGCUCAUGACAGGCCCGUUUUAUCGCUACCGUACUCACUAUGACUGGCUGAACCAGCCCGACUCAUCAGCUAUCCCCAGCUGGCAACCUCUGCUUUCCAGAUCUAAAAUGAUCCCCAUCUUUGGGGUUGCUUUCCUGGUGGUCUCUCACUUCUUUCCCCUUGACUACGUCCGAAGCGACACCUUCUACGAGCGAGGACUUCCUUUCCGCCUCUUCUACAUGAUGCCCGUCUUUUUCGUCUUCCGCAUGCGUUUCUAUGUGGCCUGGCUGUGUGCCGAAGGUGCUUGUAUCGCGGCUGCCUUUGGGGCUUACCCGGUUGCUACCAAAUCCCGAUCAGGCGGGGGCCCCACUGUGGAAUAUGAGCCUCUCAGCAGAUCAGCUGAUGGGGAGGCGUUGAGCAUCACCUAUGACUAUGAGACAAUUAAGAACAUUGACCCACAUGGCACGGACUUCUGCGUCAAGGUAAAGGAUGGUAUGCGCUACUGGAACAUGACCGUACAGUGGUGGCUGGCACAGUACAUUUACAAAAGCGCACCUGUUCGUUCCUACGUCAUGAGGAGUGCCUGGACAAUGCUGAUCUCUGCGUACUGGCAUGGGAUUCACCCUGGCUACUACCUCAGCUUCCUGACCAUCCCACUUUGCCUGGCGGCUGAAGGUGCAAUGGAGAGCGGCUUCUUGAAACACCUCUCCCCUGCAGGGCGUCUCUACGGCGACUGGGUGCAGUGGUUCUUGAAGAUGCGGGCCUACGACUACAUGUGCAUGGGCUUCGUGCUGCUCACCUUUGAGGACACCGUCCACUACUGGAGCGCCAUCUAUUACUGCAUCCAUAUCGGGGCUGUGGCCUUCUUCCUGCUGGGAAAGCUGUUGGAAGGUGGCCGGAGGGACCGGAGCGGCUCUCCAAAAGGCAGAGAUGGAGCUGUGCAGAACCCCCAGCGGAAGGAGUGAUGGGGCCAAGGCAAGGGGUGGCCAGUAGAGGUCGACAAAGCCCACAAGGUGGGGCACUCCCUGGAGUCCUGGAGACCGGGGAAGCGACACAAGACUCUCUCUUUUGUUUUUGCUUCUCCCCACUGUUGAAAACCAGCAUUAGAGGUCCCUAAAUGGAAACCAGCCCUCUCAGCACCUGCUCCCCUGCUAGAAUCCUGACACACACACACACACACAGAGUUGUCAUCUGCAAUAACUCUCUAGGCAUCCUUCUUUCCCCAGGAAAAUCUUCCCUUCUAGUCUUUUUGCCUGUUAGAUUUUAUCUUUUGGCUUCUACGCUGCACCCAGCAGUCCUGACUCCUAACAGCUGCCUGCUGUAAAAGGUUUUGUUUCUUUCCUCCCCAAACCUCAAGCCAUUUUUACCCAGGAGCAAGACAGGACCUUGUAGGAAUGAGCUGGUCUCUUAAUUCUUGCCUGCUUCUUCCAAGCUCCUGGCUGGUAUUUUUUAAAAAAACAUGUGUUUUAUAUAUACAUAUAUGUGUGCGUACGCACACACACAUACACGUUCUACAGCUGUAGUCUCCGAAGGUGUGUUUUUGGAGAGGGAGUAGGCAUGAGUGAACAGUAAAGUUCAGUCACCUAAUGGGGGGGAGGGGUGGUAAAGCCACAGCUCAAGUGUUGACAACUACAUGGCAUAAUGGGCUUGUACAAACCCCCGUCGGCCUUUCUGUGCCCUGAAUCAAUGACCCCUCCCCAAGCAGGGGUGAGGUUCUGGGAGCUGCAUUGAUGCAUCCGACCCUGCAAGAGGACAGCUGGCUUGCCUUUCAUUGACAUAGAAGGGAACGAGGACUGUAGUGAAAUUUCACAUACUGCCAAAGACUGGUUCGAGCGCUGCAACUGUAACAGCUGAGCCAUGGUGGUUUGGGCCUUCGACUGCAGAAUUCAGUAUUAAAGAAGCGCAGGUGAUGCUUGGGGUGGGGGCUUGGACAGAAUACGGUUUGUGGACGUUGAAAGUGGGGGGGGGUUUAUGUUACAGAAACAAAAUUGUAUCAUCGGCGUCAUUUUUGCUUCCCUCUUGGGGGGGAUGGAAGCUUGAGGAAGUUAAAGAAAACCUGAUCUGGCUUGACUGCAACCGUACUUCAUAGCUAAGGCUACUGUAGCUGGGUUGGGAACUUGAAUGAGAAAUAAAAGUUUGGUAAUGCUUGUCUUUUCAA